AUGGAGAAUCACACCGAUAGUCCUCGAAAAAGGAUCCGUCUUUCCUUUGCGUGCAAUUACUGCCGCUCAAAAAAGACCCGCUGCGACGAAGAACAGCCAUGUCGAAAUUGUCGUCAGGCGGGGGUAGAAUGCAUCACCACAGACAAGAGACGCGCUGGAGCGCUCGUAUCUAGCAGACGACGCACCGUCACCGCAGAAUCACCAUCUCAACAAGCAAUUCCAAGGACACCAGACUCUCAUCUUUCAACCGCCACUCCCUCUGCUAGUCAAGACCGCCCGCGACUAUGGAGCCAGUGCUGGGGACGCGAAGGCUGGAAAACCGGUCGUCUCCCAAUGAUGCCGCGAUUCGUCGGAGCCAGUACGGUGGAACUCAUGACUGAAUGGCUCGAUAUGGCCUUUUAUCGUCUCCAGGGAUCAAAGACCCAUGCUCUAUCCCCACAGGUGAAUCAGGAAUUUGCAGCCGAGGUUCCCGACAAAGCCCCUGAAUUGCCUUCGCUGGAGGAAGUGCAGGCUUGUAUGAACAACUUCUCGGAUACUCUCGGCCAGCUUUUUCCUUUCCUUGACCGGAGCGUUACGGAGGCGCUAUUCACAACCGAAGAGCUGGCAUCUACGGUACACCCAUGUCGACCCUCAGGCGUGUCCCAGCGGGCACUGAUCUAUUUGACGGUCACGGCCGGAAUGAUGGCCAUGCCCGCAUCGGAAGGCUCACAAAGUCUAAUUUCGUCCUACAUUGCAUAUUGCAAUUCAUUGCUAGGCCAUAUUGUUGCCACACGCUCCCUCAAAUCAGUACAGGCUAUCCUUCUCUUUGCAAUGGUCCUUCGCAGCUGUGACAAAAUAGCCUGGGCUUGGGAUAUUCUCACAAUGGGCGUAUCGAUGGCCCAAUCCAUCGGUAUUAAUCAAGCCCGAUCUCCGAGCUCAACUCCUGCUGGCCCAGCAGAUAACCAAGGAUUCAAAACGUGGUGGUCCAUGUAUGUCUUUGAAAAGAUCCUGUCAUUUGAACUAGGCCGUCCUUCCAUGGUAUGGGAUCGCGAUUUGUCGGGGACGCUUGCGGCAUCUGUUCUACCCGAAGCUCAAGAUGACUCGGAUCAGCAAUUUUGGCAGGCAUCUACCAGUCUUUCAAAUAUGCUUCAUGAAUUGCAGGAGCGAUCAGCAAAGGCAUGGAGGCGGGAAGCUUGGUUGCCUCAAACGGUUGAGCAGGCAAUUGAAGAGAAGCUUCAAACUGGAGGGGAACUUUUAGUUUUACUUUGUGAAUGGCAGCAGAACUUGCCAGAUAGUCUAAAACUCCGGUCUACGGCCAUCCCCAGUUCUUGUAAUGGAGCUCGAUCAGCGUUCCUCGCCUACUAUUAUAACCUCGGUGUGAUUUUGGUACAUCGUUCAACUCUUCUAGUUGACCCAAAUGAAUUACGUGAAGUGGUCGAGAGGUUUGCACCGGACAAACCAUGGCGUCAACGCCUUCUCAGCGGACCUUCCGUGAUUACCGAGGCAGCUCGGGAAAUGAUCAAGCUUUUUGUUCCACUCGUUGACUCUGGAAUUCCCAAUUAUCUCACGUUGAUGACCUCUCCACUUGCUGCAGUAUACGCUCUUGCAGUUUCCAUCGUUCGGGAGCAAAAGUCACUACUCGUUCGAUCCGAUUUUGAGUUGAUGAAAGCUGGUAUGCAAAUCAGCCGACAGCACUACCGAAAGCAUGGCACGGUGAACAACUUCGACGAUAUAUUGCUUGACCUGGAAGGAUACAUCUCCCACCUUCUCGAGGCACCAAUGCCAACCCGACUCGAAUUGACGAGCUUGAGUUCUGCGAAUCCACUUCUCAACGACUCCCUGCUAGACGACUCAUUACCAUUUACGUCCCUUGCAGCACAGUGGGGACCCUCCGCUCUUGACUGGGCAGGUUGGGAUUGGAAUGAUUUGAGUCAUUUAUUUCAACAUAGUGAAUGA